GGAAAAAACAUGAGCGUGAGCCAUGAAUCUGUGGGCCAGGGUGUCCGGCCUGGUCCAGCGCGGGUUCGGGUGACUGAGCCUAGCGGUUCAGAGAGCAUCAAUCCUACUCCAACCCCCAAACCAAACAUAGACCCAAGCAAUGCACUGGAAGCUUACCUUUCACCAGAAAGAUUGGAACAGUUGUGCGGAACUAGUGACCUCUCUUGUGUGAAAUAUCUGGAACUCUGCCUAAACACCCAAGAAAAUACGCUGGGGGACAUUGGUGUUUACUUGCCCAGAUUAGAGAUGCUGAAAAUGAACAACAGUUUGAUCACAUCACUGAGAGACCUGGGAACCACCCUGUCCCACCUGCAGGUGCUAUGGAUGAACCGCUGCUGCCUUCAGGACUUAAGUGGCAUUUUCACUUUUUCUUCUCUUAAGGAGCUCUAUCUUGCCUUUAACCAUGUGUCCGACCUAAGCCAGGUUGCCAUGAUGGAGAACCUGCAGCUGUUAGAUUUGGAAGGGAACCGUGUGGACGACCUCAUCCAGAUUCAUUAUCUGGGUUUGUGUCCCAAUCUCCAUUCUCUCUCGCUGGAGGGGAACCCUGUGUGUGUACGCCCUAACCCUACUUCCCUUCAGGUUGAAGAGUAUAAUUACAGAGCAGCAGUGAGGGAGUUGGUCCCUCAGUUGCGUUACCUUGAUGAUGUGAAGUUGGAGGAGGACAGGGUGACCUGCUGUAGCACCACAGGGGAACACUGGGAAAUUCUCAGAAUUUCUAUGCAAGAUUCCAAGUUCUUUGAAUCUCCUGGUGCUAAACCUGUUUCAUCUGCAAGCACCAGAACCAUGUCGGCGACCAGACACACAGUUCUUUCCCCUUUUGGAUCAAGACCAGGCUCUUCAGACUCUGACCUACCAUCAGUGGAAGCAGAUACCAGCACCCUUACCCAUGGAACAGGCAACAUUCUGUUUUGUGGAAAUCCUGUGCGGGCUGUUCGUGCAAGGAGACAAAAGCUUAAGACGGCACCAACCAGGUCAUCUCUGACCCCUUGUGGCCCCCCCAUCCAUGUCCCAGAACACACGUAUGACCUAGAGGAGCCCAGUUCUGAAGACCGUGUUAAUGUGUUUGCAGAGCUGAGGGCCUGGAAGGAACAGUACAGCAAACGUCUAGACAUUAUAGAGAAAGAGCGAUCACCACAGAUCCUUACUAUUCACCAUUCUGGUAAAGAAGAGACAGAUAUAGAGGGAGAGGAAGAAGAGGAGGAAGGAUUUGGUUGUAUGAAGAGCAGGUUUAGUGAUGAAGAACAAGAGGAAGAUGAAGUUUGUGCUAGUUUAGAUACUGGCUCACCGGACUCUUCAUUUCAGUCUCUUUCCCCAGACAUACAUCAACAAGAAACCUUUUUCCCCAAUAUAGCUCGACAGUCCCUGUGUCCAGACAUCCCUUUUUCUCCGUCUCCACCUCUUCAUGCCGCUCCAGCUCCUGCUAACAUGAGGUUGCCAGGGAUUCGUGCACGCAGAUUUUGUCUUUCUCAGUCCAAGCCACAACAUUUUGAUCCAAAAAGUUUGGCCCCACUAACAGCGUCAGCUGCAGUAGAAAUGGACCUCCUAUCUGAGAGACGGCAGCACUUGGCAGGGACCUCAUACUUACCCGUUCCACCAAGAAGUUCCCCGCUUAAAGGACCAGUGAAGUCCUGUGCGGAUACGGACAUGAGUGGUCUACGUUUGACCCACAAGCAAAAGAAGACCAAGGACCCAGAGGGCCCCAAAAUGUCCCGCCCUCACACUGCUGAAGCAGCCCUGCAAAAACAUUACUUGCACCAUCUGCUCCAACCCUACAGAGGGAGCUCACACCUAGACUGACACCAGACUGGCUUGCCUUUUAGGCAAUGGGCCUCCAUCCAUUUCUGUCACACUUUAUCCUGUGGCCGUGAGGGGUGCUGGUGCCUAUCUCCAGUUGUCAAUGGGCAGGAAGCGGGACCCAGAACCUGUUUGCUGCAAGGCAGCAGUUUUACCCACUUUUCCACUGAGAGGCCACAAAAGGCCUCCUCGUUUCUCUUUUACUUUGUCCAUUCAACUCUGGGUAAUUUAUAUUUACUAUCAUGCACAUGAGAGUACAGCAGAAAAUGAAAACACAGACAAGAGUUGAUGAGAAAAAAAGACCUUUAAAAAAUUUGACACCCUUGUAUUUAAGCCUAAACUAAUAUCUGAAUAUUACUAAUGAAAAUGUUGAGUAUUUUACAAUUACUUACUUCCAUACAGUCUCCUGUAUCUCUUUCAAAUCAGCCUUGAGGCAAUUCUGGACAUAAAAUAUCUAUAUUUUAGUGUAGCUUACCACAUUAAACUUACUGAAAUCACAUCAGCAGCUUAAAGAACACAAUGUCCCAGAAGACCUAUGGAAAGUGAACAUUAAGAGAUGCAGAGAGACCCAAGAGAAGUUUAUGAAAAUAUCCAAACUGGAACGCAUCCAUGCAUUUCAGCCAUCAGAAAUUAAUAAUUUAGAACAUGUUACAUGUUUUGAGCAAGCUGGGAGUGUUUGUGUUUUAAGAAACUUAUAUUUUUUGUUACGGUAGUUUGUUGAACUUGCAGGAUACCAAUUUUAAGUUAAAAGGUUUGUCAAAAGUUUGUACUUUCAGCAUGUUUAAGAAAAGGUUUUGAUAAUAAGUUUAAUUGUUUAUUUUUUGUUAAAGUUUGUCUAUAAAACAAGCAUAGAAAGGAGAUUUUCUCCAGCGUCAUCUGAUUGUGGCUAUAACUGAUGUAAGCCUCUAGAGGGCAAAAGUAGUACACUUUUAAAGCAACACGUUUAUUCCCUUUUCUUACAGGAAAUCCAUGACGCCAUAAAACUUCAGACCUUUUAGCUAUCUGUUCACCCCAUCAUUUCCAUGAGAGUGCGAUAUAUCACAAUGUUUUUUAGCUUGUCUUUAAAGCAUACACUAAUUAAAAUUUAAAGCAGAAAGGAAUAUAAAGCUGAUUCAUGAUAUGAAACGCGGUGGAACAAAUCACCUCCAAUUGAAGUUCAAAUAUUGUUAUUGUGACUUACUGCUAACUGUUUUCCUAAAGUAAUUGGAAAUUACCUCUCUGAUGAACUGUGAAGGACAAUCUGAGAAACAACACAUGAACCCACUGAAAACCACUCGGGUGGAUGAGGACAAGACGCCUAAUAGCUCUGCAAUACUCGAGGGCAUAUGAUGUUGAGACAAGUUUGUUUGGAAGCUGUCACAAACAUCAUUACAUUUAGCUUCAUUUCAGGGGAACUGCUUUAACCGCAAAGUUGAUGUUUCUAUUCUCGCCUAGAUUACCUGAAAUGAACAUUUGCACACCUAAGCAGUCGGUAUAUUUCAGCCUUUCAUGCACAGGCUUUUGUGUUGGAUUAAGAGAUAACAGUAUGCUUAUAGGAUGUAUUAACUGGGAAAACUUGCCCAAUAGGUAAAGAGAUGGCAGACAGUUGUUAUGUAAGGUGUUUUUGCAUGUCUUAUCUUCCAGGAAGAAUUUCCAUAACUGUACCACCUCCCAUGACUCGGUCAUGCAGUUUUUUUUUAUCUGAAAGAUUACCAAACUCUGUCAGGUGUUUUUAAAACUUUCUAUCAUUAUUUUGGGAUCACAUGUUAAGACACAAAUAGAGAAGAAUGGAGUUAAAUGGAACAAAACCAAUAAUUGUGGAUGAUUGGGAUAAUUUCCACCUGUACAGUUCAAGGACUCUUCCCAAUUCUCUCAAAAAUAUUAUUCACAUAUCUGGAGCCAGAGAUGCUUUCCGGCAAUCUCCAACUAUCAGUGAUAAUGAGGGCUGUUAUCUGGCUGUGGUUUGGGAGGGAUGGAUGAAAAAUAUGACUCUGUAAAAGAAAAAUCCAUCGUUCCUCUAAUACUGAGUUUUAAGGUUCCUGUAAAAACGGUACUUUAUCAGGGUGAAAAUAAUCCUAACACAGUGAAGUGGAGGUUUCAGUGAAGGUAUGACAUUUCAUUUUGUAUUUAAAGUAUGACAGAUAAUAGUAAAAAAAAAAAAAGAAAGUUAUCUUAACAGCAUGCCACUGUUACUCAGCUCACGCCACACCCAAGCUUGGGGUUCCUGCAGUUGGUGGAUGAAGCCUCCUGAUGCUUUUUUAUGCUGAGCUCCAGAAGCUAAGGUUCAAUCUCUGGGGGAUUGCUAGUGAGCUCCCCCAAGGCCUGACUCAGUUAAGCUGCAUUGGUCACUUCCUAUUAACAACUAAUUUAAAAUCAGUGAGGUUGUGCAAUUUUUUUUUUUGUUUGACACUCCCCUAGGGCCAAUUGCCAUGGAAAUCCCUACCAGGAGCCAAAACCAAGGACAACAUACCCUACAGAUUCCUUAGUGUGCUCAAACCCCCUAUCUCAAGUGAUGGUGGGGCAAAGGGCAUGGUUCUUUAAUACUCUACUUGUCUUAAGAUGUGUUUUAUUUGUUUUAAGUUAUGUUUUUAUCUUUACUUGCAUUUAAUCUGCUUUUAUUUUACUUAUAUGUUA